GUAAGGUUUAGGUUGAAAAAGGAAGUCAGAUGUUGGGUAAGAGCCGUCACGUCUUUGUCUUGGGACAGUAGCCUCUCAUUUAGCCUCCAAGUCCAGUCCCGUCUGGGUACCCUGCUAAAUUUUUUUAUUUUACCAGAAUGUCCAUUUAUGCUUUUGACAAUUUGCUCAGCAUCUUGAGGCCAUCGUUGACUCUUCAGGAGACCUACAUGAGGAAGCCAAUUCCACCUGUGUUAAGGCUGCUGAUAACAUUAAGAUUCCUGGCAACUGGAGAAGCUUUUUCGUCUCUGCAGUACCAGUUUUUUGUGGGCAAAAGUACAAUAGCCUAUAUAGUAAAGGAGACAUGUACUGUGAUUUGGGAGAAGUUGGGCCCAUUAGUGAUGCCUGCACCUACUGUUGAAACAUGGCUCCAAGUAGCUGCUGGUUUUGAACAAGUAGCAAAUUUUCCCAACUGUCUAGGUGCAGUGGAUGGUAAACAUAUCCGCGUCCAGAAGCCACCACAUUCUGGGUCUUUAUAUUUAAAUUAUAAAAAAUAUUUUUCGAUUAUUCUGAUGGCUGUGGCCGACAUAAACUAUAAAUUUAGACUCAAGGGUGUUGUAGGCCUCAAAGAUUGUCCGUCAACUUCUCUUGAACCAGAUUUCUUUGCCCCCCUCCAAGACCUCUUCCUGGAACUUCGGAUCCAGCUCCUUUUGUAAUGGUGUCUGAUGACACCGGCUUUUCGGCUCUCCACCAACCUCUUGAGACCAUUUCCAAAGCGAGUCUUAGAUUCCAGGAAGAGGAUC